AUGCCGGUAAUCUAUUACAAGGAUUCCGCUUUAGCGACCCACAUCUUGAAAAAAUGUCGACAAUUAUGUACGCCCUUCCGGCCACCCAUUUGGCUACUGAACCAACACGUGCAGACUAUUGUCUCGAAUUUCCUCCUCCCCAAGCCCGCUAUGCGCUACGACCGGGAAUACUUGCUAAUGCGCGAUAGGGGGGUCGUCUCCCUCGACUGGGCUCUGGUGGUGGAUCGACGCAUUCGUGAAACCAGUUCUGUUCUCAUCAUCAUUCCAGACUUGACCAGCGACGCCACAAGCGUCAGCAGUCUCACACAGGCGGCAUCUGAUCGCGGCUUCCGUGUCGUCGUCUUCAACCGUCGGGGACACGCCAACAGUUUUCUCACCUCACCAAAGCUUCAGGGUUUCGGGGAUCCUACGGAUCUGCGUCAGGUUGUCAAAUAUAUACGCGGUAUGUAUAGCCGUGCGAACGUGGUGGCUGUCGCCGUCGGUACCGGUUCUGGCCUAUUGCUCUCUUACCUGGGAGAGCAUGGAUCUUCGGCGCAUAUUUCAGCCGCCGUGUGCAUCUCAGCCUGCUACGAAGCCCAGGAGGUAUUGGGCAAGCAGUUGCGUAGUUUUUAUGAUUUCCUUUAUUUAUUCCGGCUGAAAAAAAUACUGUGCGUCCAUGCGAGGGCCUUGUCGGACUACUGUGAUAUGCGAGCUGCUAUGACCAGCUGGACGUUUCAAGAAUUUGACGAAAAUCUAUAUUGUAAAAUUUACGGACACAAAAGCAUAGAGGAGUACUGGGAGAGAAACAACCCCAUGCGAGAUGUCGACGAUAUCGCUGUGCCAUUGAUGUGCAUAAAUAGUUUGGACGAUCCUAUGUUCUCAAAUGAUUUUAUACCCUAUGACUUGUUCCGCUGCUACCCCAAUUUAUUUUUAGUCGUUACUGACAAAGGUGGUCAUUGUGGAUUUCUAGAAAAUAUUUCCGGAAUAUCCUGGGCGGACCGCCUGGCAGUAGGCUUCAUCGAAGUUCUUCUGGACGCCCAAUUGAAAAUGAAAUGA